CGACCCGCAAGGCGUCACAUGAUGUCUCGCUUGUACAGUAGGAGCACUGUUUACUGAUGACGCUGCCAUUACACCCAUGGAGAGAUAACACAGAUAACGGGUUUUAGCGGAUCCUGGACACUGAGGAAAACACAGACAUUAGAGUGAAGCUGAUCCUUGAUACUGAAGAUGAAGCAACUCAAAUCAUACCCUUAUGUUACAGCUGUGGUGGUACUGAUCCAGCUAUGGCGAAUCACGUCUACUGCAGAUCCCCCACCAGAGAUACAGAGCAAAGGGACGCUGUGUUUUUACUGCAAUGAAAGAAAAGCCAGUUUCAACUGGACGUACCAAGUACAAUCAGUAUAUCGCAUCCAGUGGAAGUUUGAGGACAUUUUCAUGGCAAAUUACACACAGCGUACUGUUGACCUGACACAGGAGUCCCUCAGUAUCAACCAGAACUACAGGGGCCGUUUUACCCUCCUAACUCCAGGUGAUGUUGGUUUUAGUCUCACCAACUUGAAGAGGGCUGACCUAGGAACCUACAGAUGUAUCGUCACAUUGGGCAGCGGAACAGGAAUAACACUGCAAGGAGAUUUAGAAGAGAGACGUACUGAUAGACGGGAGAAAGUGGAGGCGUGCAGUGAUGGAGCUGCCAUCUUCAAGUGGACUCGGACUUGGGGGGAACCUUUCCAACACGUACAGUGGCAGUUCAAUGAAAUAACGAUUGCCAAUACAACCAAAGAAAGAAUCAGUAGGGAUUCACUGCGCAUCACAGCCGAGUACGAGCCUCGCUUCCAUCUGCUACAGGCAGGUGAGGUUGGGUUUCGGCUGGAGAAGGUCAGCGCCGCGGACGCAGGAACAUACGCCUCUGUCAUCACAUUUCCAAGCGGGAAAUUUAACAUUAUAUGGAAUUUGGAAGUGAAAGAGGUACAAAGUGUCAACUUGGACAUUGGUGUCAUCAACCAGAAGACGCUGUCCUGUGGGGAGGAGAGGAAGUCGGACUUCAGCUGGGUUUUCCUAAAUAUGUCUUGGAUAGAGAACGUGGAUACGACAGGACACGUCCUAGAUCUGCCGUCCGUUCCUACGUCGGGGUUGGUGUCCUGUUUCCGUCAGUGCGACUGUACACGGUCGUCGAUCUACGAUUUCACCAAUGGUGAGUCACUCAAAGAUAAUGUGCCCGAAGAGGGAGGAAGCAAGAUGAAUCCCGCAGCUUAUGUAGCUCCGAUUGUCAUUAUCAUCAUCAUCAUCAUCAUCAUCAUCGUAGUCCUAGUACUGUAUAAGCGAAGAAGACAAAGGCAACACCCCAGGGACCCGGAUGAAGGAGCGGACAUGGACAUGUUGUAGGACAUUAUAAACCAGACACAUGCCUCAUGUGCCAAAAUUCCACGCACGUCUUGCUACUUUGUAUGAAGGAGUAAAUACGGAUGAAAACCUGACGGGGAAUCAACGCGCAAGUUACAGUUUGCACCUUUGGGAAAAUAUAUGCAAUUACCUGCGCAAACUAAUGUCCCACUCUACUGUUACUGGCCUGGUGCAGUAGAUGCACACUGUAGUUACAGUGUUAAUGUGCAAUAGACAUGCAAUCAUGUCGGCAUGUGACCAGGAAAAUAAUAUUUAUUGCUACUCUCCAAAAAAAUCUUCUCGUUCCAUUUUUAGAACAGAAACGCUUUUCCUUUCAAUCCGAAUAUUUGUUCUCCCCUUAUGACUCUAUAAUUAUAUUCUUUAUUGAGACAGACAGAAGCCUAUAUUUCAAGUCGAAAUACAUCUCAUUUUGCCUUCUUAGGAGACCUUAGCUGUUGCUCUGCUUAGGCUGUUUAAUCUAAUGCAAAACCCAUGACACAACCGUGUUUACAAAUCCCCCCACCAAUACCAGCUGGGUCUCCUUGAUACUGUGAAGACCAUCUCUACAGUAUAUAUUCCAAGAUAGCCAUGUCAGAUGCAUGGUAAGUAGAUCUAGUAUGUUUUGCUUUGAUGCUUAACUGACAUGAUGGAAACACAGUACGUAUAUCUUCAAACUGAUCUCAGGACUCAUAUUAGUUGGACUCGUACAAUCAACUGGGCCUUUAAUAGAGAUGACCUAUGGAUGUUGACACGGAGGAUUUUUAUUGAACUUUUUCAUAAUCGGCUUGUAUAUGUUAUUUAACAAAUAAAAAGGGGCCUUUAAAGGCGGGUGCCUUUGGCUGAUGUCAUCAUCAUUUGACAAUGGUUCAUAAACACUUAUCUUGCCUCACACAUAAAUGUCGUUUUCUGAUUGGCUAAGCGCUCUUCUAUUAUUUUCAAUGUACCCCGCUUACAAGCGAGCAACAUUUUCUAUGUACCCCGCUUGGAGUGCCGAACUCAUUUGGUACUUCGUAGUAGUAAUUCUUUAUCUCGAAUAACAUUGAAUCACGUAUGAUGCAUGGAAAUUACCGAUGUUUUGCGAAGGCAAAUCGAUGGAAGGGAGAUAACUCUACAUUUGUUUUUCUUGUCAUCUGGUACUCCAUGCUAUGAUCAGAUACCCGUGCUUCAAAUAGUUCAAAAUUACCAUUGAGGUGUUGGGUAAGAUAAAUACGUUGUACACUGUUCCUUCGAGGGUACAUCAACCCAUGUCCCCCUCGAUACCAGUGAACAACUUCUAAUGUACCAAUGUACAUGGUGUAGUCGGAGUCAUACCGGCGACUCUGCUCUCGGUAAAGAUGUCGUGUGGAUGUGGUAAACGUCUUUGUUUUGUAGCUUCUAUUUAUCUUAGUGCAUACAUAAGUAUGAAUGUGUUUUACACUCUUUUUUUCAAAUAAACUGCGUAAAUAC